CCUGGCUUUACAGUAUGGACACAUUUACAACAGGCAGAACACAACUUGUCCAUUAUGGAUGGAUAUCAAGCGGAUUUGAUCGGGAAUAUAUAUCUUUUUUUGGGAAAACAAGUAGGAUCAUCAAUUUUGUGAUAACUUGCUAGUAGAAUAUACCUGCUUAAAUCGCCUAUUGAAAUGGCAGAAAAGCCGUAUGACAGUGCCACCCAGCCAAAAGACUUGUCUUGUCCAGACGGCCACUAGGAAACGUGAGGUUACUGGAGCUGCAUUAAAAUCGGAUUUUUCUCGUUGAAUGCGAUGACAACUCAAUAUGUAGCACAGUUAAGUUACAGUGGAGACUCCGUGUCGAUUCAAACCCUACAACGUUUAGGCAAUUUAAUAAGAAUAAGGUAGCUAGUUAGGUGAUAAGAAAGUAUACAGACAACGGUAGCUAUUUUACUAGAUGAAAUGAGAUUCCAUUUGUUGUUGCUCUGCCUGGGGACCUUCUAUUGGACAAUCACGGUUAGUUUACGGAGUUUUUGGAGAAACCGCCCGUCCCAAAUGACCCCAGCAGCCAUGGCAGUCCUGUGCCCAAUGUCGGCGCUGUCACUGGGGCUGUACAUCAUCCUGCUCCUCAGUCCUGUUACUGGUGCACAGAGUGAGGAGCGUGAGUGUGCGUUCAACGACCAGCAGCAGCAGUAUGAGGAGCAGCGUGUGGGAGCAGUGGGAGGAGCAGGAGACUGGCCUAUGACCAGAGAGAAUACUACUAUACGCUGCAGUAAGGGCUCUCGAUGCUAUGGACUGUGGGAGAAGACUAGAGACGGAGAGAUACACCUGGUCAAACAGGGAUGCUGGACUCACAUCGGGGACCAGCAGGAGUGCCAUGACGACCGUUGCGUGGUUACCACCACUCCGUCUCAGAUCCAGAACGGGACGUAUAGGUUCUGCUGCUGUAGCACCAACUUGUGUAACGUCAACUUCACCGAGGACUUCCCCCCGCCCAGCCCCACCUCUGCACAGCUAUACCCGCGGCCGCUGUACCGCGAGGAGACCAUCGUGAUCGCCCUGGCGUCUGUCUCCAUAGUAGCGGUGCUGAUCAUGGCGCUGUUCUUCGGGUACCGCAUGCUGAGUGGAGACAGGAAACAGGGACUACACAACAUGGACAUGAUGGAGGCCGCAGACUCAGAACCCAGCCUCGACCUGGACAACCUUAAACUACUAGAGUUGAUUGGUCGUGGGCGGUAUGGCUCAGUGUAUAAAGGUUCUUUAGAAGAGGGUCCCGUGGCGGUCAAGGUGUUCACCUACCAGAACCGUCAGAACUUUGUCAACGAGCGAGCCAUCUACCGUGUCCCCCUGCUGGAGCACGAUAACAUCGCACGCUUCAUCGUAGGAGACGAGAGACUCACAGCCGACGGACGCGUGGAGUACCUACUGGUCAUGGAAUAUUACCCUCAUGGUUCUCUGUGUCAGUACCUGAGUCUGCAGACAGGAGACUGGGUCAGCUGUUGUCGCCUCACACACUCUGUCACACGGGGGCUGGCCUACCUGCACACUGAGCUGCUGAGAGGAGACAUCUACAAGCCAGCCAUAUCUCACAGGGACCUAAACAGCAGGAAUGUUCUAGUAAAGAAGGAUGGGACAUGUGUGAUCAGUGACUUUGGUCUGUCCAUGAAGCUGACAGGGAACCGCCUGGUCAGGCCUGGAGAGGAGGAGAACGCUGCCAUCAGCGAGGUGGGUACAAUCCGCUACAUGGCCCCAGAGGUUCUGGAAGGGGCGGUGAACCUGAGGGACUGUGAGUCGGCUCUGAAGCAGGUGGACAUGUACGCCCUGGGCCUCGUCUACUGGGAGACCUUCAUGAGGUGUACUGACCUCUUCCCAGGAGAGACGGUGCCCGACUACCAGAUGGCGUUCCAGGCCGAGGCAGGGAACCACCCCUCCUUUGAGGACAUGCAGGUCCUGGUCUCCAGAGAGAAAGAGAGACCCAAGUUCCCUGAGGCCUGGAAGGAGAACAGCCUGGCGGUACGUUCCCUAAAGGAGACCAUGGAGGACUGUUGGGACCAGGAUGCUGAGGCCAGGCUGACCGCUCAAUGUUCAGAGGAACGCAUGGCUGAACUACUGCUGAUCUGGGACAGGACCAAGUCUGUCAGCCCCACGGUUAACCCUAUGACCACCACACUGCAGAACGAGAGGAACCUGUCCCACAGCCGCAGGGGUCCUAAAGUCAGUCCCUACCCCGACUACUCCUCGUCCUCCUACAUCGAGGACCACAGGGUGAAGAACCUCCCCGGUGGAGACACCUCUAUGUCGUGGACCUCCUCCAUCGGCAUCCUAGGGGGAACCAACAGUGCCCCCGCUGGCCCAGAGAAGAACCGGAACUCCAUCAACGCGGAGCGUCAGCAGGCGCAGGCCCGUCUGCCCAGCCCGGAGAGCGCCAGCGUCUCCUCCACCACGGGGUUCACUCCUAACACCAUCAUGACCUCCAUCUCUGAGUCAGGACACGUCUCCUCCAGCACACUAGGUGGUGCUGUGUUGGUGCCGGUGUGUCUGCAGCUGACCCAGGAGGACUUGGAGAGCACCAAGCUGGACCCUAGAGAGGUUGACAAGAACCUGAAAGAAUCUUCUGAUGAGAACCUUAUGGAGCACAGCCAGAAACAGUUCUCUGCUCCAGACCCGCUCAGCUCUGGGUCUUCCUCCCUGCUCUACCCCCUCAUCAAGCUGGCUGCGGAGGUGACUGGGGCCGGGCCUGGGGCCCAGGGAGGGUCUGGGACCGGGGCCAGUGGGAUGGGGGACCCACCAGCUACUAUGUUUCCCCUGCCCAAACAGCAGAACCUCCCCAAGCGGCCUAGCAGUCUCAGCACCACUCAGGGCCCUGGGCAGGGCUCUGGUUCCUCCAGGCUGAAGCAGGGCUCUGGUUCCUCCAGGCUGAAGCAGGUAGAAACGGGCAUGGCCAAGAUGAACACUGUCGCCCCGGAAGCAGAGUCACACCUGGUUACCUUCACCAACAAUGGAACAACCGGGGUUGGGGUGGAUGGGGUGUGGAGCGGGGUGGGUGUGUUGGUCGUCAAUGGCUAUCUGAACGGAGGUGUGGCCUCUUCAUCUGGAGGCGGGGCUCCGUACGGGAUGACAAAUCUAGCGGGCUUCCAGAGUGAGGUGGGCGGAGUAGCCCCGCUGUUACAGACCCAACUCAGCGGAGAGGACAGUCGACUCAACAUCAACUCCAGUCCUGAUGAACAUGAACCUCUGUUAAAGAGAGAGCAGCCCGCCCCAUGUGACCAGAGACCAACCAAUCACCUGGCGGGACGCACCAACACCAACAACAACAACAACAGUCUGGUGGUGAACCUGGCUAGCAGAGGGAUCACAUGUCCACCUGUAGAGGCACAGCCUGAGCCCUUUGCUUCUGCCCCCACCCCUAAACCUGUCUCUGUCCCUACCCCUAAACCUGUCUCUGUCCCUACCCCUAAACCUGUCUCUGUCCCUACCCCUAAACCUGUCUCUGUCACUCCCCCUGCCCCUGUCCCUGUCACUGCCAUUCCCCCUGUCCCUGCCCCUGUCACUCCCCCUAUCUCUGUCCAUCUCCCUGUCUUUGCCUCUAUACCAGCAACAACAGUCCCAGAGCCCCAGCAGGAGGCCCCUGUACACCAGGAGGCUGCCCAGCUCCGACAGCCCAAACCCAGACGACCUGAGAGACCCUGCUCCCUGGAGCUCUCUGCUUCUUUCUCUUCACACCACAGCUCCUCAGGUGAUUGCUCGUCACUGGGUGACCGUGGAGGGUCAGGUGAGAAGAUCAAGCGCCGCGUCAAAACACCGUACUCCCUGAAGGGGUGGUGUCCCACCACCUGGGUGGUCUCCACGGAUACGCAGGUGGACGAGGUGAUCAGCAACAACAACAAGGAUGCUGCCAAGGCUCCUCGCUCCAAGUCCUCCACUGCUGUCUACUUGGUGGGGGGUGGGACUACCACCGCUACCAUGUCUUCUGACCCCUGUGACCCUGGCAUUACCUGCCUGUGAACCCUGACCCCUGGGUGUGCGGCUAGAGGGAGUGGCCAGAUGAUAGGAAAGUGUGUUCAUAAGCGCCAGCUGAUAGCCAAAUAGCCGACAACUCAGUGACUUUCGUGCGGCCAGCUACUUCAGUGACUUUAACAAAUUAGGGUGCAUCAGAUGCCCUUCCCCCGCACCCCCCUGGGUACUUUAUUAAUUAUGCUGGCUACUUCCGAUUUUAAGAAACCCACCGAGGAGGGUGUGGCCAGAGAAGGACUGUGCCUACAGAAGGCUACAUUGAGGAGGGUGUGGCCAGAGAAGGACUGUGCCUACAGAAGGCUACAUUGAGGAGGGUGUGGCCAGAGAAGGACUGUGCCUACAGAAGGCUACAUUGAGGAGGGUGUGGCCAGAGAAGGACUGUGCCUACAGAAGGCUACAUUGAGGAGGGUGUGGCCAGAGAAGGACUGUGCCUACAGAAGGCUACAUUGAGGAGGGUGUGGCCAGAGAAGGACUGUGCCUACAGAAGGCUACAUUGAGGAGGGUGUGGCCAGAGAAGGACUGUGCCUACAGAAGGCUACAUUGAGGAGGGUGUGGUCAGAGAAGGACUGUGCCUACAGAAAGCUACAUUGAGGUGGGUGUGGCCAGAGAAGGACUGUGCCUACAGAAGGCUACAUUGAGGAGGGUGUGGCCAGAGAAGGACUGUGCCUACAGAAGGCUACAUUGAGGAGGGUGUGGCCAGAGAAGGACUGUGCCUACAGAAGGCUACAUUGAGGAGGGUGUGGCCAGAGAAGGACUGUGCCUAUAGAAGGCUACAUUGAGGAGGGUGUGGCCAGAGAAGGACUGUGCCUACAGAAGGCUACAUUGAGGAGGGUGUGGCCAGAGAAGGACUGUGCCUUCAGAAGGCUACAUUGAGGAGGGUGUGGCCAGAGAAGGACUGUGCCUAUAGAAGACUACAUUGAGGAGGGUGUGGCCAGAGAAGGACUGUGCCUACAGAAGGCUACAUUGAGGAGGGUGUGGCCAGAGAAGGACUGUGCCUUCAGAAGGCUACAGCUGUGUCUCAAAUGGACCCUAUUCCCUAUAUAGUGCACUACCUUGGCCCAGAGCCCCAUGGCAGCCUAUUCCCUAUAUAGUGCACUACCUUGGCCCAGAGCCCCAUGGCACCCUAUUCCCUAUAUAGUGCACUACUUUGGCCCAGAGCCCCAUGACAGCCUAUUACCUAUAUAGUGCACUACCUUGGCCCAGAGCCCCAUGGCAGCAUGCUCUAGUAGUCUGAGUUUUCUGGUUAGCAUUCUGUCAGGAGAAGAAAUUAUCGGAAAUGAAACAAAGAAAGAUAAUCAAUUAGCAAGAAAGAAGCAUUUCUAAAACGUUUCUUUAAAGAACUUGCUUUAAACAGAACCUAGCUAUUCUAGAGCAACAUUGGCUGCAAGCUGCUUGCCUAUUGUCCUGUAGCCCAUCCCAGCCUUGUGCAGGUCUACAAUUUUAGCCCUGAUGUCCUUACACAGCUCUCUGGUCUUGGCCAUUGUGGAGAAGUUGGAGUCUGUUUGAUUGA